AUGAUGAUUGGCAAACCAGUGAGAAUGAAUGGGAAACCUGUAGGAAUGAGCGGGAAACCUGUAGGAAUGAGCGAGAAGCCUGUAGGAAUGAUGAUUGGCAAACCAGUGAGAAUGAAUGGGAAACCUGUAGGAAUGAGCGGGAAACCUAUAAAAAUGAAUGGGAAACCUGUAGGAAUGAGUGGGAAACCUGAAGGAAUGAGUGGAAAACCUGUAGGAAUGAGUGGGAAACCUGUAGGAAUAAAUGCGAAACCUGCAGGAAUAAAUGAGAAACCUACAGAAAUGAGUGGCAUACCUGUAGGAAUGAUUGGGAAACCUGUAGUAAAGAGUGGAAAACCUGUAGGAAUGAGUGGGAAACCUGUAGGAAUAAAUGUGAAACCUGUAGGAAUUAGUGGGAAACCUAUAUGA